UUAGAAGUUUCUCGAUCUUCAUGGUUCACUCUUAACUGCUGUUCGUUCCUGCCAGGCUCACGUGCUGAAGUUUCAACAAUACUGAAGAGUUGCUGUACUUCGUUCACUGCAUGGUUCACUGCAAAUGUUUCCGUGCUCGGAGCCGCAUUGGGUGUGACAGAAGAUGGAUGCUAAGAAUACAUACUCUUGCAGCCGGUGCCAUCAGAGAACACAUUGUCUGGCUGCCCUUUUUCGGCACCUUUGUGCCUCACAUGGCACAGAGAGUGGCUGGAAUUGUAGCUUUGAAGGCUGUGUGAGAACCUACAGACUCUACAGCUCAUUCCGCAAACACGUCAGCCGCCAUCACAAACAUCUGUUUCCCUCGAGCUCCAGUGACAAAUCUGUGGACUUGCUGCCUCCUGACAACACUCAUGAUGCAGUGGAUGAACCCAGUGAAGAACCCAGUGAUGAAUCUGGUGAUGAACCCACUGAGGGACCCAGUGAUGAGCCAAGUGAUGAUGGUGUUCUUAAUGCAAGUGAUCAAUGUGUCAUGGAUUUGUCCUCCCUGCUUUUGAAAUGGCAGGAGGGCAGGCAACUGCCAGAAAGCACAGUAAAUGAAAUUGCUAAUGAUGUAAUCAAUUUUGCUGCACAGUUCCAAGCAACUCUGAAUUCAGUUGCAAUGACAAAACUUGAGAAGCUUAGGAGUAAAUCAGGCAGGGAGAAUUAUUGGAAAAGCCUGUUUAGUUUUGUACCCCCUAAAACUAUAAAUCUUUCUGAGCAAUCUAAAAGUGAUUGCUUUGAAUAUAUUCCAAUAUUGGAAACCAUUCAAGCUGUUUCAAGAGCUCGUAAGCUGUUUGGAGAAACUGGAGAAGGCUGCUCAACUCUUCUACGGGAUGUGUGUGAUGGCACAUAUUAUCAGGAGCACAGCAUAUUCCGAAAUGCCAACAGCAGGAAGCUAAUAAUGCUUCAACUAUAUUUCGAUGAUUUUGAAAUUUGCAACCCUCUGGGAAGUAAGCGUGGAAGGCACAAACUCCUAGCAGGGUAUUUAACAAUUCUAAACUUUUCUCCAAACUUUCGCUCCAAGACAACCGACAAAUACCUGGUCCUUCUGGCAAAAAGUUCCCUUGUGACCAAAUACUCUUUGCCCGAAAUUCUCCGGCCACUUAUUGAAGACCUCCAGAAAUUGGAAGAAAAUGGCAUUGAGCUGAACGGUGAAGUAGUUAAGGGCUCACUUUUGUUUCUGAUGCAGCAGGACCCAAGCCUUUCUAGUGUCUAUGGUAUAACGGGUAAAAGCUGCUUGAGUUCCUUGCAGUCAUUUGAUGUGACUCAAGGAUUGCCACCUGAUGUUAUGCACGAUUUGUUUGAAGGAGUAAUGCCAUUUGUGAUGAAGCAUGUCAUCCGGCACAUUAUAUCAAGUCGUGAUCUGACCCUUGAAACGCUGAAUGAGAGGCUUGCCUCAUUUCCUUUCCAAGGAGCGGACAAGAAAUCCAGGUUGCCUCCACUGACACGUCAGCUCCUCUGGAGAGCCUGCAAGGAAUGCAAGAUCGUUGGCACACACCAGCGCUGGGAUCUGUCUCAGCACCAGCUGCCCACCUUCACUGUACCUGAAAGUGAAGCCAGAACCUGA